UUAUUUUAUCUCUAUUGCUCUAGGUACCGUUGCAAUUUUUGAUCAUUUAAGCUAAGAGAGUCCCAGAUGAGGGUAGCCAUAUUGUUAUAAUCGGAGAGUGUUGUUUCAAAAUAAAACCGUUGCAAUGCGGCAAUAUAUUGCAUUGUGGGUAGCUGCUAUAGUGUUAUUCUAUGUUGAAAAUGGACAGGCUCAGAUAUUAACGUAUGAUGUUCGGUUGAAUAAUCUUCUUCGUAUGCAGCAAGGCAUUGGAUGGCCGUUACAUUUGAAUUUGGCUGAAGGGCACGACGCUUUGUUGCGUCUAUCUAAAAGACUAGAGAACCAGCAAAACUGUGAAAUUACGACUCCUUCUGGAUUAACGUUUAACAUCCACAACCCACCGAACAAUAGGUACUCUGCAUGGAGUGAUGGGUGCGGGGUGAGAGUCCACAAUGUUUCGCCCAGUGACACGGGACGAUGGCGUAUGACAGCUACCGGUGGAAACCACUCCAUCACUGGAUGGUCAGAGGUCCAUGUGGCAGAAAAAGUAACGGGUUAUACGGAGGAUACUAUAACAUUGAAAGAUGGAAGCACUAACACAUUAGUAGAACUUACAUCUUUAAACAGCUCGUAUUGUUUUGUGACUCAGCCGUUCUCGGAGAGCUCCUUAGUCCCGGGUCAGUGUGAGGUAACCCUGGAUCGCACCAGUAGGGCUGUGCAAGGAAGGUGGAGUGUGGUACUUGGUAUUCCCGGGAGAGUAACCGAGUUACACGUUGAUAGAUCUGUUGCCGUGGAAGGGGAACGCCUCGAUGUAGGUUUCGUUCGAGAUAGUAACAAUCACAUUAAUUUGUAUUGCAACAUUCUGUACACGGAGAAGAAUAUAACAUUUUGUCGUUUCCAAAAAACUACAGAAACGUCUGGUCUUAAUAUAAUGGACGGUCUAAGUGAUGGUCGGUACAGCUACUACGGUGAUGGUUUCUUCAAAAAACAUUGUGGACUGACGAUAGAAUCUGCAACUUCGGCCGAUUAUGGCACUUGGCGAUGCACGAUUGGAGUUCAAGAGAGGGUUGGCAAUGUCAUCUAUCAAAGGACACCUAUGCAAGCCCUUAUAACCGUCUCUGAGCAAGAAGCUCCAAAGAUAAGGCGAGAGCUCACAAGGGACGACUCAGAGUCAGAUGAAGAAAUGCGGACAGUGUUCGUAGAGGAAAAUACGAGUUUAACGUUAAUGUGCCGAGCGGACGCUUCUCUCCAGUAUUGUUGGUUUCAGCACCCUAAUGGCUCUCAAUACACACCCGUGGAGCGCCAAGUCCAGGGUGAACAGGCAUUCUGGUACACAGGAGAAAAUUUACAAUCUGGAGAUUGCGGGAUCACGUUCGCUCAUGUGUCUGAAAUUGAUUCUGGAAUAUGGACUUGCCAUAUGGGUUACAAAUACCAAUUAGGUGUUGAAGUAAUGCAAGACAUGGAAGUACGAGUGACUGGCUCUUUAGCAGCUAAUAAACAAGAAGUUCAAACUGAAAUAGGGGGCGCCACUACUCUUUAUUGUCACACCUCAAACGGACCCAGACCACUGGAUUAUUGCAGAUUUUUAUCACCCAAAUUUAUUGGCAUGCAUCUCGAUUCUUCGGUUACCGCCGAGAAUGCCAUUCUAAAUCGCUAUUAUUUCACCCCUGGGAGAUUACUAAGUCACGGCGACUGCUCUCUUACCAUUGACCCUGUUACUGCUGAUGAUUUGGGCCACUGGUUCUGCGCAGGUCUUUUACACGAUCGAGUUGUGGAAUCGAAAGACACUAUUCAUGUGUACCAAGAGAGACAUCGAAUGCCGGCUCUGCAAGCCAGUUUGAUUGGAACAUCGGUUGGUAUAGUAUUCCUAGGUUUGGUGUUUGUUGGUGUGCUAUGGUACAAGAAGGGAUGGCGUUUACCGUGGCCGACCUCACUGAAAAGGUUUAGCACCCGUACUGAAACCGAUUCCAUGAAUAUUAACCGAGUACCAGGCACUGUAAACAUAGAACGAAGAGGCAGCAACAGUACGACUAGUAGCAACGAAUUCGCAUAACCUACGCGAUUGUCUACUUUAUUAUCUGUCUAAUAGGAGAUAUAUUUGAGCGUAACAAAGGUGUAUUUGAACCCACUGUUUAUUUAAGUGAAAAUAAAGGAAAUGUGAUAUAUCUACUAAUAUGAAAUAUUUAAUACUCAUUGUUUUGGCUAAGCUUAAUUUGUUGACUGAAAUUAUUUUAAUAAACAUUUUAUGAUCUAUUUAUUAUA